UGUGUUGAACAUUAAAUUAUUUCCUAACCGCUAAGUUAUACCUAAAUUAUAAAAUAAUUCAAGGGAUUUUAAAAAGGGCUACAGGUGAUUAAGAAAUAAAAAUUAAAAAAUUGGAUGCAAUAGUUUCCUCACAAACACAGGGUGUGUAAAGCAUCUAAUCAGUAGGGACAUAAUAAAAUUCCUUAAGAAACGGGCCUAGAACAUACGACGCGAACCUGGUGGCAGUCACGAGCAUCGCCCCUGAGCGUCCUCUCAGUCUUAUGGGGCUGAUCGCAGUCUUCCACUUCGUUGUCUGUGAUAAUACUUUGUCAAUUAGGAAACCCGAGGCUACCUCCUUGGCAAGAACAUCAUCUUUCAACAAACACAACUGCGACGCCUUUUUUGACAAUUACGAGAGAUUGUUGACAAGAGAAAACAUAUCACUUGAUUGUGUAUGGAAUAUGGACGAGACUGGUGUUACAACUGUCAUGCCACCUGAAAAGAUCGUUGGUCGACGUGGCCAAAAGCAAAUAGGGGCAAUCGUUUCGGCAGAGAGAGGGACUUUAGUUACCGUUGUUUGUGCAAUUUCGGCUUUAGGAAACACAAUUCCCCCUUUUUUUGUUUUUCCAAGAGUGAACUUCAAAAGAUUGUGUUAUCUGAACAGCCGCCCAACUCUAAAGCUGAUGAGUUCAAGAAAAGCAAGCCAGCAAAGCGGAACAAAAAAGAAGUCAAGAAAAAAGAAUCAUUUUGCCCAGAAUGCGGAGGGCGUUAUUCCACCACUAAAGAAGAUUGGAUUCGUUGUAGAAUUAAAAAAUGUUGCUUAUGGGCGUGCGAGUCGUGUGUGGAUGACAGAGGAGAAGAUUAAAAUUCAUACGUGUGUUCAAAGUGCUCUGCAAAGAUGUAAGGCCAACUUGCCCCGACUUCACGGGCAACUUGCCCCACUUACGGGAUAAGAUAACAAAGCAUCAGCUAGGCCAUAAAUGUUAUCAUUACAGGAAAAAUUACAAGUGGUAAGACAGGGUGUGUAAAAACCAGGCCAACUAGCCCCGGUCUCCCCUACAUG